AUGGCAGCGGUGGCGGGGGACGAUGACGUGGUAGCGGCUCGCGGCGACGGGGCGGCUGUCGUACGAGCGGCAGUGGCCGCAGAACAAGAUGUUGGGGAGGUGGAGGACCUCCCUGCGCAUCGUGUCGUACUCGCGGCCACAUGUGAGUACUUCAGGGCCCUAUUGACGGGGGCGGGAGCGAACAUGAGCGACAUGGCGACGGCGGCUGCCGCCGGGCAGGCCGCCGCGGCUGUGGCGGCGGCGGCGGCGGCGGCGCCAUUAGCAACGGCGAUGGAGACGGCGGCCGUCGUGGUCAGCUUACCGGGUCUGGACGGUUGGGCACUCCGGUUGGCGGUUGGGGCUCUGUACGAGCGGCGGGUGGAGAUAACGGCGGAUAACCUAGAGGGGCUCAUCUCAGCGGCGUCGUACUUGGGGGCGGCUGCACUACUGGACGCUUGUACGGCGUUCAUCCGCUCCAGUGUGGGCCUGUCCACGUGUCUACCGCUGCUGCUGCUGUCGUGGCGCUAUCAGCUGUCGCCCCUCAGAGACGAACUGCUCGGGGAGAUGUCAUACGUCUGCCGUAGGUUUUCCGUACUGGUUCGCAUGCCCCUCAGCAACGAUAGUAGCAGUGGUGGUGACGUUGCCACCGAGUACGAGUACGGCAGUGCUGGGUCCGAUCCGGAUUCGGUUUCGGAGGUUCUGCGGCUGUCUUCACUCCCCUUGGAGCUGCUGUUGGAGGUGCUGAGGAGUGAGGAGCUCCUAACGGAAUGCGAAAGCGACGUGUUACAGUGCGCUCUGGAAUGGCUCGUCGAACAGGAACUACCGGACGGUCCCCAGGCGCCGUACACUGACAUCGGCACAGCUGUCGGCGGGGCCGCCGGGGGAGGCAGCAGUAGCCUUGGCGACUCUGUCAAACCCGGCAGCAGCAACGGCUGUAGCAACCCACAACCGCCCUGCAUUGACAGCUGCAAACCUUGCGACGGCACCAGUCGUAUCAGUGACACUGCCUCUGCAGCGCGGGAGCUGGUACGGCUGGUAAACUGGGACUGUCUGCCCGACCCGCCACAUCUUCAUAUGACCCGUGGGUCACUGGCGGCGCAGACCCGCGCGCUGGCGUUGUUGUUGGCUGCCUACGCGGAGGAGCACCUCAGAGCGCCCGCGUCAGAGGCCCUUUCCACGACCGCCGCCGCCGUCGUCACCGCCGCCGCCGUCAUCGCCGCCGCCUUUGCGCCAGCGGAAGGCGCUGGCGGCAGCGCCGUACCGCCUCCGGCAGUACUCCGCUUACGGAGGCUGCUGGCGGAGCUGCAGGCGGCAGCGACGGCGGUGGACCUGGCACCCCAUGGCCCCGCCACGGAGUCGACGGCGGCGGCGGCGGCGGCGCCAUCGCCACCCUCGGCAGGGGCAGUAGCUGCAGCUUCUCUUGCUGGCGCCGUGGCCUCUAACGGCGGCGGCGGUAUUAACGGGGCCUUGCGUCGCAUCGGGGCUGUCGUAUCAUCUGACGUUGAGAGUAGAGCGUACGGCGGCAUUGGCGGCGGCAGCGGUCGGCGGCGGCGGCACCUGGCGUCGUGCCUGCUGGCGGCGGGGGGCCAUGACGCAAGCUGGCGAGCUGUCAAGGCGGUGGAGGUGUACGACCCUCGUACGGACCAAUGGAUGACGGGGCCGUCGUUGCUGCAAGGACUGUCUUUCACGGGUGCCGCCAUGGUGCCUGGAUCUGGAUUCGGGUUUGAAUUCGGAUCUGGUAUUGGAUCCACCAGAGGCAGCUGCGGUGCGGUUUAUUUGGUUGGCGGCACGCCGCUGUGCAGCAGUGUUUGGCGGCUGCCCUGGGGCGGGGACGGACCCAUGGGUCGCGGCUGGGAGCCUUGCCCGCCUUUGCUGAUGCCGCGAGCGCACGCGGGAGUGGUGGCGGUCGCAGGUACCCUCACAGUGCUGGGGGGCCGCUCCCAAGUCCAACAGCGCGGUCCAGAUAUGGUCCUGCCGCGCAGCGCUCAUGCGUGUGCCGUACUCGGCGGCCGUAUCUUUGCGCUGGGUGGCGCCGCAGGUGGCGGUGCUCGCGGCGGCGGCGGCGGCGGCGGCGGCGGCACGCACCGCAGCGGGGAGUUUCUUGACUUGGGCUCCGGUCGCUGGCACCUGCUGCCCUGCGACAUGUCCACAGAGCGUAAAUACACGGCGGCAGCCGCCCACGGUGGCCGUCUGUAUGUAUGUGGCGGCGUCAAGGACUCCCGCACCCGACUGCCCUCCCUGGAGGCGCUGGACCCCCGGGAGGGCAGGUGGGCCACCCUGGAGCCCAUGACUGUACCCAGGUCAAGUCACUCCAUGGCGGCCCUGGGGGGACAUCUCUACGUGGCGGGGGGGCAGUGCAGCAGCGUCGACAUACGGCCGCCGGCGACCUUUACCUCGGCCGCCGUCGGCAUCGGCGCUGGCGGCACCCCCGCCGCCACAUCCGCCGCCGCGGCUGCCUGGGGCUGGGGCCCUGCCAGGAGGACACUGUCCCCGCCGGCCUUCCCCGGCGGCAACUUUAGCGCUCUCGGAAGCUCACCUCCGUCACUGCCGUACGGUCAUGUAUCCGCCGGGGGGAGUGGAGUGUACGGCAGCGCACCGGGGCCUGGCGGCGCCCGGACCGCAGCGGGCUUGCUGGGGCUCGGCCUCGGCGGUGGCGGAGCCGCAGCCGCCGGAGCCAUCGGUGUCGCCGUCGGCAGCGGCGGCGGCGGUGGCUGUGAGGAUAUGACGGUGCUUUCCGCCGUUGAGUGUUUCGAUGUGGCUGCGGGGCGGUGGCGGGUGGCUGCUCCCCUGAGUCACGGGGGCAGGGCGGGACUGGCCCUUUCCGCGACAUUGGGGGAGACCAACUGCGAACUAACCAAUGAUGGGCGACGACAGCUCCGCCCCUGGACGGUCGGCUCGCAGCUCCUCUUUACCGCCCCCCCCGGCACCGCCAAGUACCUUUCACGCCCCACGUAA